AUGACUUGGGAAGAAUUCAAAACUCCGUUCCUUAGACACCAUAGCCCGAAAGCUGUAAUCAAUAGGAUCAAAGAAGAGUUUAUUCAGCUAAGGCAUAACGGUGAGUCGAUAGAAAAGAUUACGGGAAUCUUUCUUGAUAAGCUUAGGUUCUCUGACGAGCUGGUUCAAAAUGAAGAACAGAAAAUCUAUUAUUACUACAACAUGCUGAGUGCAGAGUAUAGGGAGUUCAUGACUCCUUCCAAAUAUGUGCAUCUUACAGAGAUAGUGAAUGCCGCACGUGAAAGAGAGAUUGAAUUGAAAAGGCAGAUUGAUAGGGGUGAGAGAAGAGCAUUUGAUAAAAAUCCCAGUUCUGUAAAGAAACAAAAACUGAACGAAGCUCCCAAGAAAGGAGUUGAAAAGGGGGGAAUACCUCAAUGCAAAAUUUGUGGAAAGAAUCACAAGGGCGAAUGCUAUUUUAAAAACAAACCAUGUCCUACUUGUGGCAAAGUAGGACAUGUGGUUGCAAAUUACCCAGGAAAGGUGUCAGUGUGCUAUAAAUGUUAUAAACCGGGACACAAAAAGUCUGAAUGCCCGGACAUAGUCGGAACUAAAGACACUGCUGAUGCAAAGCCUGAUGCCCAGAAAGCAAAGGCUAGGUCUUUCCACAUGACAGCUGCUGAGGCUAAAACUGAACCUGAUGUUGUUUCAGAUAUAUUUCUCCUGAGCAUUGACGAUGAAGAAUAUUUUGUCGACUUAAUUCCCAUGUCAAUGGGAGAAUUUCAAGUGGUAAUCGGGAUGGAUUGGUUAGCUCGAUAUCACGCGAAAGUAAUAUGCAACCGUAAAGAGAUACAACUAAUGUCUCCAAGCGGAAAACAUGUUACUAUUUAUGGGGAGAAAAGCUGCAGCCCCAUAAUCUGUUCUUUCAUCAAAGCUUGCAAACUGGUUCGACAUGGAUGUAAGGCGUAUAUGGCCUACAUACAUGAUUCGACUAAAGAGGCUCCAGAAAUCAAAGACGUACCAGUGGAACGAGAAUUCGAAGACGUUUUUCCAGAAGAUCUACCGAGGUUACCACAAGAGCGUGAGGUGGAUUUUGGUAUUGAAUUAGUCCCGGGCGCGAAACCGGUAGCCAAGGCUCCUUAUCGAUUAGCGCCGUCGAAACUACAAGAAUUGUUGUCGCAAUUACAAGACCAUUUAGACAAAGGAUUUAUUUGA